AUGCGACAAUUAACAGACGAACGUCAAUGUCGAAUACCCAAUGAACAUUGUGCUACGGCCGGACAAUAUGCUCUGGUUGGUACAUAUUCAUUUUUAGGUAGACUUAUUCGAAUAACUCUUUCUCUUGUUGUUCUUCUCAGUGAACUUUAUCAUCGUUUAUUUUAUAUUGUUCCCUUAAUGGUUACACCAUUCACAUUAAAAUGGGUAGAAGAUGCAUUCCAAAAUCGUGAAACUUAUCGUUUUACUUUAAAAGCUGGUGAAGCAAUACCUCCUAAUCGUUUACGUGAAAAUCUUCAUUAG